AUGAGUAUGGCCAAAUACAGGUCAAUUUUCAGACAAUGCACGUUGCAGCUGCGUGCAGCCCCACGUGCAGUCACCCGUUCAAUACGCCCUUGCCUUUAUAACCCUCGUCGGACAUACGCUUCCUCUGUUGCGGCAUCGGAGCUCAAAUUCGGACAACCAUUGCAUGAGACACACCCUCAUAUCCUCAGCCCUGGAGAACUUACACCCGGUAUCACCGCUCUCGAAUAUGCCCAGCGCCGAUCCCGUUUGGCCAACAAGCUUCCCGUAGGAGCUGUAGCUAUUUUGGCUGCUUCUGAAGUGACAUACCAUGCUCCAGGAAUCUUCCAUGAGUACCGUCAAGAUUCCAACUUUCUCUACUUGACGGGAUUCAAAGAACCAAAUGCACUUGCGAUUAUUGCGAACGAUGGAUCUGGUGACAAUCACAUCUUCCACCUAUAUGUGCGAGAAAAGGAUUCCAAGGCAGAACUUUGGGACGGUGCCCGGUCUGGUACUCAAGCGGCCACCGAUGUCUUCAACGCAGAUGAAACAGGAAACAUCGAAAGUAUCGGAGACAUCUUACCCAAGAUAGUAGCUGGAGCUACGGAAAUUUAUUCGGAUAUUCCCUCUGUCGGCGCGCGAUCGUCAUUGCAUCGAUAUCUAUACGGACCGACGGUUGCAUCGGAGAGGCUGAAGAAAUAUAUUGACCACCGCAAAGUGAAGCCGCUGAAGUCUAUCCUGAAUGGAAUGAGAGUGUUCAAGAGUGAGAACGAGGUUGUACACUUGCGUCAGCUGGGGCAAGCGUCUGGAAGAGCAUUUACAGACUCCAUGCGACAAACAUUCGAUCUGGAGAAACAGCUUUCAUCAUUCCUCGAGUACAACUUCAAGCUGAAUGGCUGUGAUGGUAGUGCUUUUGUCCCUGUUGUGGCGGGUGGCCAGAACGCCCUGAGUAUCCACUAUACUAGAAAUGAUGAUGCUCUUCGGGACGGGGAUUUGGUUCUCGUGGAUGGUGGAGGUGAGCUUGGUGGUUAUAUCUCCGAUAUUACAAGAACUUGGCCAGUAAAUGGCAAAUUCUCGGAUCCUCAGCGCGAUUUGUACAAUGCUGUUCUCAAUGUACAUCGGACCUGCCUCGCCCUCUGCCGUGAAACCGCAAAUUUGUCACUGGAUAAACUACACGGCAUCGCCGAGAACGGAUUGAAGGACCAGCUUAAGCAACUUGGCUUCGAUUUGUCUGGAAAUGCAAUGAAUAUUCUUUUCCCACACCACGUGGGCCAUUAUAUUGGUCUUGAUGUUCAUGACUGUGCUGGAUAUUCCCGAGGAUACAACCUCAAGGCUGGACAGUGUAUUACUAUUGAACCUGGUAUCUACGUGCCUAACGAUGAGCGAUGGCCCGCUCAUUUCCGGGGGAUUGGAAUUCGUAUUGAAGAUUCCGUGUGCAUUGGAGACGAACACCCGAUUGUCCUGUCCCCUGAAGCUGUCAAGGAGGUCGAUGAUAUCGAGGCACUGCGUGGCUAA